AUUAACUUACUAUUAUUAAUAUAAAAUUUAUAAAAUAUAAAAAUAAUGAUACUAGUCUCGUAACUGAGGAAUUUAUAUUAUAAAAUGACUAUAUUCCAUGACGAAAUAGAAAUAGAGGACUUUGAGUAUGACGAAGAUGACGAAAUGUACUAUUACCCUUGUCCAUGUGGAGAUAGAUUUCAAAUUAGUAAGGAAGAUUUAUUGGCAGGGGAAGAAGUAGCAACAUGUCCCAGCUGCUCUCUUGUGGUGAAAAUAAUUUAUGACUUGGAACAACUUAAAUCUGAGUCUGAGGAAAUACAUAAAGCUUCUGGUGAUAAAGAAGUUUUAAAGGCCUAAAGAUCAUAUUGAGACAAUGUCUCAGUAUGCAAGAAAUAUUAAUUGUGAUACCUACUAGCCAAGUAACUGCAAGAGUUUAAAGCUGUCUAAACAUUGUAAGAGUGGCUGUUCAUUCUAAGUAAUAAAGUAAGACUAUAUUACUUAAA